AUCGCAACGUCCCUAUCUAUGCUUCAACGCUUAUCAAUUGGUUAACGUACGGUGCGCUGCAACACGCUCGUGCCAUUAUUAUUUUUUUUUAUUUAUAUUUUUGUGCGAUUGAGAUCACGAAUAUUUCGCGAAAAUGAAGGUCAAAUUGAUCGGUAGGGCAUCAAAUGUGAGUGGCAAAACGCUUUGGGAAAUCAUCGGUAAUCUGAGGAACGCGGGUAUUGGUCGGUUAGUAACCAGAAACUCGUACAACAGAUAUGAAGAGCCAUGUUUUUUCAAAGUACUGGCCGUCGAGCCAACCGCUUACAUAGAAAACCAGACUAGAAAGGUAAUUGUUCAUGCCGAGAAAAUAUUCAGAGGUAAACUUUACCCAGAGCCAGUAGAAAUAUAUAGUGUCUCGUACAAACCAGACUAUCGUUUAAUACCUAAAGACGAAGAACAGUUGUGGUGGGACCGACUGGCCAAUUGUAAGCCACGAGAAAGGAUAGUACCAGGAUUGAUUGAAUUGCCACCACUCAUGAAAUUGUUAUUGGAACGAGACAAUAAAGAUUCUGAUAUUAGGCUGCCAUUAGAAAUACGUAGUAACCGUGACAAUGUGGCCCAAUCAGACUUAUCUAAACUAUCAUCGUACAAACCAAUAUUUUUCAAAAAUCAACAGAGUAAUUAAUGUGCAUUGUAUUUAUUAUGUUCAAUUUUAUAA